AUGGUGAGAGAAUUACUGGCGCAUACAAUCAAACUAUGUACUGCUGGACCCUGUGUGCUCAGCAUUGAUAGAGGUGGUUCCCGUGUCAUAAUUUCAAUUCAAAUUUUAUACCUCAUGCAGAAGCAUCUGGGCCCUGAUCUGCUGUUAUUCAUUAUGGUAGACUUUAACAUUGGAACUAGUUCGGGUGGUUAUAUUGUUCUGAAUAUCAACACUGGCAAAUAUGAUAUUGAGGAGACAAAAGAUUUCUUUUAUGAUGGUGGGGCUUUGAAUAAUGUUCUUGCCAGACACUUUGGGCCCACUGUGCGGAUGUUUGAAACACCAUGGUUGAUAGUGUUGGGUGGCAAGGUUGCUGUCAUGGCUGCCACCAUUGACAAUGGGAGCCUGUUCCUUUUCACUAAUUACAAUGCUGAGAUGCUCUUGAGGAAAAAUCACAGAUACAGGUGCUUUGAAAGGGGGGGAAAGAGGGAACCUUUUAUCUGGAAAGUAGCCCAAGCCACUUCUGCUGCUCCACUGCUAUUUCCCUCAAUUAUGGUUGACAGCAUUAGCAGUUUCCAGGAUGGUGGUGUGUGGCCACAGAACAACAAUCCUGCUGUUCUAGGGCUGUUGGAGACUUGUUGUUAUCUGGUGGCCCCUUUCCCCAAGCAAUUAGGCUUCUGUAAUGCUAUGGUAGAUGGAUGGGCCACCCAUGGUUAUCACACAUUCAUGUUCUUGUAUGAUGAUGAGGGAUCCAUGGAAGGACUCUGGAGUGUAAUGAAUGAUCAAAUGGCCAAUACCAUGUAUGUCUUAUUCUGGUAUUUCCAAUGA